GAAAUACCAGUUUUGUUUUUCGACAUGAUUUCUUUUCCAAAUCUCCUUUAGAACUUUAAUUUGAUUUUUCUGUUUGUAGAUCUUAUAAAUUUGAUAAAUUUAUUAUCAUUAAAUGAGAAAAAUAGAUAACGAAAGUUUUGAGCAUUAUCCAUCCUCUCUUGCUUAUUAGGAAGAUUUUUAGAAAGUUCAAAAUUCGUGAGAGCGAUAAAAAAGAUAAUCGGACCUAUGGCGUCUUUUGCAAAAGUGCCGGUAAUUGAUGUUCAUUCAAGUAAUAUAGAGGAGCUGUAUAACUCUAUUAUUCUUGCUGUAAGAUCUGCAAGUUUUGUUGCUAUCGAUUUGGAGCUGAGCGGAAUAGGUGAUAAGAGACGAGUAAAUACAAAGGAUAUUGCAGAGAGAUAUGAAGCAAUUAGCGAAGGAGCCAAAACUCGAUCUGUUGUUUCACUUGGAAUAAGUUGUUUCUGCAGACUACCGAGCUUUUCAAAGUCGGAAGAAGAAAGCGCAUUAAGAUUUGCUAUACAAACUUUUAAUUUGUUUUUACUUUGCAAAAACAAUCACAUAAUCGAAUCUUCGUCUGUAAAAUUCUUGGUUCAGCACGGUUUUGAUUUCAAUACUCAAUAUAAAUACGGUCUCCUAUAUUCGCCAGGCGAUGAUACGAAUGAAGAUAUAGAAACAGAUCAAAAGUCUUUCCGUAAUAUUUUAAAUGAAAUAUUACGCUGCAAAGUUCCUAUAGUAUUUCAUAACGCUCUAAUCGACAUAGUAUUUCUGUAUCAAAGCUUUUUAUGUGAGCUACCAAAGAACUUUUCUACUUUUAUAGCAGAUUUGGACUUAGCAUUUAAAGGUGGCUUAUAUGAUACCAAGUACUUGGCAGCUUUCAUUGACAGAAUGCAAGCCACAUAUUUAGAAUAUUGCUUUCGCAAAUGUCAGAGUGAAAAUGUCAAAAAUUGCGAUAAUCUAAAGAGCCACGUAAUACCAACGUUCCCAGCUUAUCCUAGUUCAAUGUCCUCAAUAAGUUUUCUUCACUGUGAAUUACCUCGAAAACCAGUAAAUGAUACACAUUGCGUUUGCAAGCGUUAUGCGUCUUUUGGCUGGUGUUUGGAUGCGGAAAAUUGUAAGUAUUCGCACGAUAUUGAUGAAAUAUUGGCCGUAGACUUUAAAUUUGACAAAGUCAGAAAGAGAAAACUUCAGGAAAAUGAAUCAGUAGAUGAUGAUAGAUAUCAACCUAAGUCAACAAAAGCUAGAUCAUCUGGCCAUAGAGCAGGAUUUGACUCUUAUAUGACCGGUUUCGUCUUUGGAUUUCUUCUAAGUCGGCAUGGAACAAGCUGGCGAGAGAACCCAAAGAGUAAAAAAGUAGAAGAUAUGGGGCUUCUUGAAGCCAAAAAUCAGAUUUAUUUAGUUGGGAAAGAUUUUGGACUGCAGGUUAAAAAGUCAAAUUUCGCCAAGGUAUCCGAAGCCUGUAGAAAAAAAUGUAAACGGCUAUACGGCGAAUGCGAAUAGAACAAAUUUCCAUUCAGCAGAAGAAUAUUAACACUUUUUUAUUGGUUAAUGUUCAACAAUACAGUUUUUUUUUCUAUAUUUAACGAAAGAAAGAAACUUUCAAUAAUAAAAAUCUUUUUAUUCAGGAUAGCAACAGCAGAAGGAGAAGAGCAAAUAUUUUCUUUUUGUAAAUUUUAUAAGGGUUUUAGCAUUUCCUAUUAAAAAAAUAUAAUUGAACAAUUAUUGAAUAUUAAUUAAAAUGAAUAAAAAAGCGUUAUAUCAAGAUU